AUGGUCAAAGCCGUCGUUGCUGGUGCCUCUGGCGGUAUCGGACAGCCGCUGUCGCUGCUCCUGAAGCUCUCGCCGCUCAUUAACGAGCUCGCUCUCUACGAUGUCGUCAACACACCCGGGGUUGCGGCCGAUCUGUCGCACAUCUCCUCCACCGCCAAAACUACUGGCUACCUCCCUCCCAACGACGGCGCCAAGACUGCCUUCAAGGAUGCCGACAUCAUCAUCAUUCCCGCCGGCAUUCCCCGCAAGCCCGGCAUGACCCGUGACGACCUGUUCAACAUCAACGCCGGCAUCGUCAAGGGUCUGAUUGAGGUGGCCGCCGAGGUCGCCCCCAAGGCCUUCAUCCUGGUCAUCUCCAACCCGGUCAACUCGACCGUGCCCAUUUCGGCUGAGGUGCUCAAGGCCAAGGGCGUCUUCAACCCCCAGCGCCUCUUCGGCGUUACCACACUCGACAUUGUCCGCGCCGAAACAUUUGUCGCCGAGAUCGCCGGCAAGAGCAACCCCCAGGAGCUGACGGUCCCCGUCAUUGGUGGCCACUCGGGCGAGACCAUCGUCCCGCUGUUCAGCAAGGUGUCGCCGUCCGUCACGAUCCCGGACGACAAGUAUGAUGCGCUCGUCAACCGCGUUCAGUUCGGUGGCGAUGAGGUCGUCAAGGCUAAGGACGGUCUCGGCUCUGCCACCCUUUCCAUGGCGUAUGCCGGCUAUCGGUUCGCCGAGAAGCUCCUCAAGGCGGCCGCCGGCGUCAAGGGCCUCGUUGAACCCAGCUAUGUCUACCUCCCCGGCGUCCCUGGCGGCAAGGAGAUCGCAGAGAAGACGGGCGUCGACUUCUUCUCGGUUCCCGUCGAGCUUGGCCCCAACGGCGCCGAGAAGGCCGUCGACAUCCUCGGCGACAUCACCGACAAGGAGAAGACGCUGCUCGAGGCUGCGGUCAAGGGCUUGAAGGGCAAUAUCCAAAAGGGCGUCGACUUCGCCCACAACCCUCCCCAAAAGUGA